AUGGAGUCUCGAAUUGCUCGUUCACAGCGAUUGGUUUGCUACGUGCGAUUCGCAUGGCUGUUCGUGGACAUUGCAAGUGUGAUGGAUCUUGAAUUCUCCGAUGUCCAAUGCUAUGAGAAUCAGGACCAUUUUGUGCGGACGAAGCCAUUCGACCUGUUGGCUUCGUGCGUUACAGGUAGUCCGUGUGCCAAUUGUAACGUCACACUAAGUUGCAGCACCACCGCUCGUACAAUUUUUGGUUGGCAGUCAACGCAUGAGUAUCUUGAACCUGCAUCACUCAAUGAUAGCACUGUCAUUUGA